GGGGGGCGGGGCAGGACCGGGAACGGGGCUGCGCGGGGGCGGGGAGCAGGUACCGGGGCCGGGAGCAGGGACCGGGGCCGGGAGCAGGUACCGGGGCCGGGCGGGGCAGCACCGGCCUCAGGUCUAUACCGGGAGCGGCAGAGCGGUGCUGGGGUCGGGCCGUACCGGGACCGGCGGUAUUCGGUGCGAGAAACAGAACCGGGAGCGGAUUGGGCUGAACCGGGCCCUUCCCGGUACCGGAGCGGGCCCGCUCCAUCCCCCGGUACCGCUGCAAGCCCUGUCCCCUCUGUCCCGCAGCCCCGGUGCCCCCGCCAUGCUGCCCCGGGCCGCUUGGGCGGCUCUCCGGUGACACCGGGCGGCUCUCCGGUAACACCGGGCGGCUCCCCGGUAAAACCGGGCGGCUCUCCGGUAACACCGGGCGGCUCCCCGGUAAAACCGGGCGGCUCUCCGGUAACACCGGGCGGCCCCGCGAUGCUGCGGCGGCUGCUGGAGCGGCCGUGCUCGCUGGCGCUGCUGGUCGGGUGCCAGUUCGCCUUCGUGGCGUAUUUCUCGCUGGGCGGGUUCCGGAACCUCACGGCGCUGUUCGGUCGCUCCGCCGGUCCCGCCGUGGAUUAUUCCCGGACUCACGACGUGUACGCCAACCUCAGCCGGGUCGGUGCCGGUUUCGGUACCGGGAAUGGCCCCGCUGAGCCGCCGGACCCCGCACGGCCGCUGCCGUUCUGCCCGGAGAGAUCGCCGUUCCUCGGUGAGAACGGGAGGGGAACCGGGAGAGGAACGGGAGGGGAACGGAGACCCCUGAGAGGGAACCGGGAGGGGAACGGAGAGCCUCGAGGUGGAAACCGGGGAGAGGAGAGGAACCGGGCAGCGCUGGGGGAAAGAACCGGAGACCCCCCCGGGAGGAACCGGGAGCGGGGGGAAGGAACCGGAGACCCCCGGAGGGGAAGGAACGGAGACCCCCGAGGGGCUCCGGUUCUUUCCCGCGGGGGGGAAGGACCGGGGAGUGACCCCUCCCCGUGGGAGGAGGAACCGGUGCCGCCCCUCCCCCGUUUUGGGGUGACCCCAGGAGAUUUUGGGGUGACCCCAGGAGAUUUUGGGGUGACCCCAGGAGAUUUUGGGGUGUCCCAGGCCGGGAACUGCACGUUCAACCGGGCCAAGCUGCUGAACGUGGGCGUGAAGGAGGCCCUGAAGGACGAGGACUGGGACUGCCUGUUCCUGCACGACGUGGACCUGAUCCCCGAGAACGACCACAACCUGUACACCUGCGACCCCUGGAACCCCAAACACGCCUCCGUGGCCAUGAACAAAUUCGGCUACAGCCUGCCCUACCCGCAGUAUUUCGGGGGGGUCUCGGCGCUGACCCCCGACCAGUACAUGAAGAUCAACGGGUUCCCCAACGAGUACUGGGGCUGGGGGGGUGAGGACGAUGACAUCGCCACCAGGGUGCGCCUGGCCGGGAUGAAGAUCUCCCGCCCGCCCGUCUCCAUCGGCCACUACAAGAUGGUCAAACACAAGAGCGACAAAGGCAACGAGGAGAACCCGCACAGGUUCGACCUGCUGGUGCGGACGCAGCGCACGUGGACGCAGGACGGGAUGAACUCGCUGAGCUACGCGCUGCUGGCGCGGGAGCUGCGCCCCCUCUACACCAACCUGACGGCCGACAUCGGCUGCGACCCCCGCGCCCGCGCCCGCGCCCCCCCCGCCAGCCGCUUCCGCGAGGAGAUGCUGCGCAAGCCCCCCCCCCGCGGGGACCUGCCGCCGCUGGCAUUGUCGCUGUCACCUCCCCGCGGCGACAACGGCACCGCGGCCCCGCCCCGAGGAGAGGGGACAGCCGGGGGACAGCGCGAGGGGACGGUGACAGCGAGGGGGGGCAACCAGAGCGUGGCACCCCCGCCCUGAGCCCCAAAUCGCCGCCCCCCCCCCCCCCCGGGGUGGACUCUGGGCUGGCAGGGGGGGGACAGGGACACCGACACCCCUCGUGGGGACACGGGACACCCCCAGGGGGACACAGGGACACUCCCGGGGGGUGGGGGGGGGACACGGGGCUCGGCCGGCGCUGCCCCCCCCCCCCGCGGUGGGUCUGGGGUCCCCGGAUGGGCGCGCGGGUAUUUAUUCUAUUUAUGAGCCGCUCCCUGCACCUUUCCAAAGGGUUUUUUUCAAUUAAAAAAAAAAUCAUUUUGUCCUA